AGUUUACUCUCAGCAAUGUCUAGCAAACCAAUACUGUACGGAACUUUUACCAGUCCCACCGUUAUGGCAGUACUAAUAACUCUCAAGGCAUUAAAUAUCGAUUUUGAUUUUCGUGAGAUCAAACCGCGAUUACAAGAAAAUCUCACUUCAGAUUAUUUAAGAAAAAAUCCUGCUCAUACUGUACCCACUUUAGAAACUGAAGAACAUAAGUUUAUUGGCGAUUCACAUGCCAUUAUGGCGUACUUAGUUGAUCGUUAUGUUAAAGGCGACAGCAAUUGGUAUCCCAAAGAUUUAUAUCGACGUGCAAAAGUCAAUGAACUUUUACAUUUUGAAAAUGGUGUACUUUUUAUGAUGUGUGUCAAACAAACGUUUGGACCCAUAUUCUCGGGUCUUAGAACUAAUGUAUCUGAAGAGAAAUUUAAAGAGAUUGACGAAGCCUAUAAUAUGAUGGAACGUUUCAUUGGGGAUAAUAAAUAUGUGGCUGGUCCACAUAUAUCUAUUGCAGAUUUAAGUUGUAUAACUUCCAUAAGCAGUAUGUAUUUCUUGCGCCCAUUUUCAGAGGAAACACAUCCAAAGCUAUUUGAUUGGCUGGGACGUAUGAAAUCGUUACCAUACGUUCAAGAGGUAUUAAUGAGCGAUGUACAAGGGUCAACAUUGAAAUUUUUAUCUAAAACUAUGUCACAUUUGUAAAUUAUUCACACAAUAAAGAAUUACUUAUAUCUUAAACUUAGACUUGGUUUGUCAGGAUUCCAUUAUAAAAGCAAUUACAUGAACUUUGUUUAAAUUAGCAAACGAGCGAUCUGCGUGGGAGGAUUGAUCGUUUGCUUAAUGGUAAUAACUCGAAAAACCCAUGUAGUUUUAGCAUGAUACCACCAUAACAAAUGGUCGGUCUUGAACAAUUAUUUCUUCUUUUUUGUUUUUAUAUUCAUGUAUUUUAAUAUUCAAUUUA